GGUUGAUUCAGGGCCAAUCACAUUUCAGAAAAACACAAUGUUGCGUCAUUGUUAUUGUGGUAGUUGAAGCUCCAGCUGCAUACACAGAUUUCACCAACACUUCGCUCAUAUUAAAGCCUCUAAACCUGUUCUAACGAGUGGACCCGCGAGAUCUCCCCUCUACAAUGUCUCUACAGAAGGAUAUUUCCUCGGACGAGAGUUUGCAAGGUUCCUGGGUCGAGCUGAACUUCAGUGGCACUAGCUCUCAGACUACCAGUCAUCACGGAAGCCAGGAGCAGAUCCCGUCGACCAGUCAGGAGUGUGACGUGGAGACGAUGUUGCUGGAGGCACAGCACGAGUCAGGAAGGAACAGCUCCAGAGGAAGCUCCCAGUGCAACAGCCCACUCAGAGCACAGACCCCUCUUCUCCUGUGGAGAGGCUCAGAGGGAAACAGCUCCCAGUCGGAUGAAGACUUUCAAGAAAGAAGACGGGAAGUUGAGAACAUGAUGAAGAAAAAUGCUGACUGGAUCUGGGACUGGUCUAGUCGACCUGAAAACAGUCCCCCAAAGGAGUUCCUGCUGAAGUACCCUAAGCGCACAACCUCUCUCAGCAUCAGGAACACCAGUGUCAUGAAGAAGGGGGGCGUUCUCUCCGCUGACUUUCUCAAGCUUUUCCUUCCCUCAUUAAUCAUUUCUCACAUACUCGCUGUUGGAUUAGGGAUAUACAUCGGGAAGCGUCUAACCUCCCACAACACCUACUGAUUAGAGGGUUGUGUGUUUCAACACCAUGUCACCUUUAUGUGACCAUCUUGGCAUGCCUUAAAACGGGACCUUCUGUAUAUCACGGGGGAUGUGGCGGUGUGUGACACUGUUUUAUUUUGAUUGCGUGCCCCACCUCGGCCACACCAGCUCGGGCAGUUUAGGAUCUGUCAUUGCUGUUUCAUGGUGUAAACUCCUGAACAGAACAGUGACUGAUCCUCGGCUCCGUGCUUGGCCUGGCCUGGAGACGACUGAUUUGCUGCUUCCUGCUCCUUAAAUCUGCACGUUAGGGAACUGAUAAAUAUACUGUGUGUCAUUAUCUUUUUAAUUAUUGCAAUGAGUGAUCACUUUUGAUUUACUACACUGACAAUUUUUUUUAUUAACAGCUAUUGAUAAAGACAUGGUUAGACUUAAUUUUUUGUCAGAGGGAUCAUACGCCUAGCAAUUGCAAUUCAUGUACUUCCAUAUUGUCACUUUAAGAAAAUCAAAUAUCCUGUUAAGUACUGAUAUGGUCCAUUUUGUUCACCAAACACAAUAAAAACAAACAAAAAAUGUA